AUGAAGCGGUUCGGCCUCAAAAAGUCGUCUGACGCCGGCGACGACGAUUCCUCCAGCCGCCGCGCUCUUUUCGGCUCCAGAUCGAAGAACAAGAGUCCUGCCGCUGAAGCGAACCCUUACGCCAAACCUAUCCCUGCCGACCCCUACACGAGAGCGAAAGCCCAAUAUGGUGUAGCUCCCCCACCUCCGGGUGUCGACCUCGGCGGCCCUCCCAAUUACCCAGCAGGCAACUCAAUCCCCGGCGACAACAAGUCUCAAAUUCCUGGCGACAAUAAAUAUCAAGGCUACGCACCGAACGCAUACGGCAACCAGGGCGGAUACGGCGCGAGUCGAUACGGUGGCGGCGCGGGCGCUGCUGCCACUUCACGAUAUGGUGCUGGUGGUUACGGCGGAUUAGGCAGCUCCGACCCCAAUGGCCCCGCGGCCGGCGACGACAACCGGGCUGCUCUCUUCGGAGGUGCUAGCGAGAGAGCUGCGGCUCAGCCAGCCAAUGCACCACCCCCGUACUCCGAGGGGCAGCCUGGUCAGGCCGCCGGUGGCGGCUACGGGGCCGGCGGCAACUCGUAUAGUGCUGAUACUUACCAGGAACGGCACCUCACGGCAGAAGAAGAGGAGGAGCAAGAAAUCCAGUCCAUCAAGCAGGAUAUCCGAAUGAUGAAGCAAAGUGAUGUGUCAGCGACUCGGAAUGCCCUCCGCAUUGCCGCACAAGCCGAAGAGACAUCCCGAGAGACGCUCGCUCGCCUUGGUGCCCAGGGUGAAUACAUCCACAACACAGAGAAGAACCUCGAUGUUGCUGGUGUGGAGGGGCGUAUCGCAGACGAAAAGGCUCGGGAACUGAAGACACUGAACAAGAGCAUGUUUGCCGUGCAUGUGUCGAACCCGUUUACUAGUGCCCAGCGGAAGAGAGAUCGUGACCAACGAGUCAUGGACAACCACCGACAAGUGCGCGAUGCUCAAGCCGGAACUAGGAGCGAGGCCUUCAAGACCAACCAGCGCAUGGAGCAAACCUUCCGGGAAAUCGAGCGGGAGGACAGAAAGAUCAACAAGCCUUAUAAGGCGUCUGUAACCGAGCGUGCCAAGUACCAAUUCGAGGCAGACAGUGAGGAUGAGGCGAUGGAGGAUGAGAUUGAACAGAACUUGAACUUGAUUUCUAGCGCGACAGGUCGACUGAAUCUUCUGGCUAAGGCGACGGGUCACGAGCUGGACGAACAGAAUAGACACUUGGAACGUAUUAUGGGCAAGAGCGAGAACGUCGACGAUCAGCUUGCCAUGAACCGCGCCAGGCUCGACCGCAUCCGCUAA